AUGGCCAAGGCAGUCACACUCUUCGGUCCUGGAGUAGUCGUGCUGCCUCUGCUUGGGCGAGUUUCCGGGUUGGAGGAGGAGGGAUGCUUAGAGUACUCCAGUCACCCAAAACGGGUGGCGAAAGGAGGUGUGCUGGACCGCGUUGACAUGGAGAUGAAGUAUGGUGCCUGGGACCCGAAGCGCCUCAUGGAGGAGCUGACCAGCAGAAAGAAAGGCUUGGAGAGGCGCAUUCAGCGCCUGAGCAAUGAGGACCUGCAGGAAGAAGUACAUGCCAUGCAAGACUGGCGUGAGAAGGCGAGCGGGCGCCUGAAGACUUUGGAACGCCGAGCCGCGUGGUCCUUCCUUGGUGUGGUUGGCGAAGGGAGGGCGAGCCAGGAAGACAUCAAGAAGGCCUUCAAGAAGCGAGCCCUGGAGCUGCACCCGGACAAAGGCGGAGAUGCCGAACGUUUCCGGUUGCUGCAGGAGAUGCGCGACCUUUUAGUGGAACCCAAGAAGUAUCAGCUGGAGGGUGUGAAGGAGAAAUCUGAGGCUGGAAAGAAAGACAAGACAUCCUCGCAGAGUAAAGAGGAGGUGGAGGACGAGGAUGAAUCGGAGUUGUCUGAAGAUAGCUGGGAUGCAGAUGAGGAGUUUCGGAAGAUGUUUCCCAAGCGCAAGAAGCGGCCUCGGCGUUCAGGUGAUGACGACGAAGCUGAGCCUGACAACUUGCAAAGUCAGGACUUCCAUCGAGGCAAGUUCGAGGCUGCCAGGCGUAAGCUCCAUCGUCAGGUUGCAGACAUGUGGACUCGAGCCAGCAAGUUGUCGGAGGAGAUUGCCAGGAGCCAGACCACAGGCUCCAGCUCUGAAGCUAUGCGUCAACUCCGACGCUUUGUGGAGCUCUUCUGCAAGAAGGAGGCAAAGCAAGCAAUGUUUUGUGCCCACGGUAUCUUCGGCCUCACAAGAUUCAAUCGCAAUUGCUUUCCCGGAGACGGCGCUCCAAGGAUGCUCGGCGGGACUCUUGUGCGGGAUUCUCUCUGGGUGGGCGCUCAAACGAUACUCGGUAGGGAUCUCUGCGAUGGCCAGGCGCCGAAGAAGCGGAAGCUGCCCACUGUACGGGCGAGGUCUGAGCGAGUGGUCGCUCGCGACAUCCUCACGACAUCGGCGCCAACUCACGUGAGAUGUGGUCUUGACAAGGGGGAGCGAGUUUGCGGAGCUUGCCUGCUUCCUAUAGAGUCCGAUGCGCAGGUCGGGGCCAUCGACAACUGCACGCAUCUGUUUCAUCACGGGUGCGUCGAAAAAUGGUCGCAGACUGAAAACACCUGCCCGCAGUGCAAAACCCGAUUCUUUUGGCUGGCAGCCUAUGAUGAGCUGGGCAAAAGGACUGCUUUGACAAGAAUCCAAAGCAAAGACCAAGAGGAGCAGGAAGAUGAUGCCUUCGACGAGGUUUCUGUGUGUGAACGGUGCCAUCAGGUCGGGGACGAGUCUCAGCUGCUGCUUUGCGAUGGCAUGCAUGGCACUUGCAAUGCCACGUUUCAUGUGGCCUGCGUUGGGCUGGAUGAAGUGCCACGUGGAUCCUGGUUCUGUCCGGAUUGUCUGGAGCGUGGCUUCGAUGUCGAUGCUCAAGGGAACCGCGGAACUGCACGGGAGACUUGCACGGAGAAUUGCGAAGCAGUGGAGGUGACUCCCCGCCGAGCACGAACGCAUACUGAAGACACCACUCUGGAAGAUCUUCACGUGCGCACUCCGCCGGCAGCUGAACCGCCACGUCGGCCAACCAGGGGUCGACUGCCAUCGCAGCUCCAGCUCAGCGCGCUGGCAUGCGUGACUCCUGCAGUCGAGGUUCCCACUUUCCAAAGAGCAGAGCCGCAGCGGCAGCCGGAGGGUCUGUUUGCAGCUUUUGCGGCACGGCGGCGAGCACGCCGUGGCUCCUCUGAAGCUCAAGAAACGACUGGCUUCAUUUCGCUGAACCCAAGCUACGAGGAUGAUUUCAUGGCAAAUCAAAAGGCCAAGGGAUGA